AUGUUGCUGGAUGAAGGGGCGCAACUUUCAGUCAAACCUUUCUUCGUCGCCACGGUGGAGAAGAGGAAGGCGGUCGACGAGCCUGACAGGCCCGGCAAGAAGCGCAACGUGGGCACUACGGGUGAGCUCCCUAGUGAGUUCAUAUCAGCGAAGAUCUCAGAGCUCAUGCAGGAACUCCAACGAAGGCACGAGGCGUCUCAAGCGAAGAUCAGCAGUCUCGAGGCAGAUUUAAUAACCUUGCGUGAAGUUGACUCAAGUGCUGGUAAUACGGGUGGACAGCGCGACCGAAUUCUUGAGUUGCGUGAUAUCGCUUCCAAGCGGGCUGCUGGGAAGGCCCCGCUACGCAGAUUCACAACGUACGAAUUGUCUUCGAAGCACCGAAGUGAUGAAGACGUGCCGGCUGCAACUUCUCGACCAAUACAAGAUGCCACCGAUGCCGACGACGCUCCUACUGAAGCCAAGACCUCCACUAUCCGCUCGCUGUCAUCUGACAGCAAUCACCAGGCCAGCAUGACGCCGAGGCAGGUGACCACAGCUACUGAGCACCAACACACACCCAGCGGUCUGAUCGACUCGAAGCGACCCGUGUGGUACCAGCUAAUGGAUGAACGCAGAAACAAGCUGGUUUCGGCAGGCCGCGUGGAAGUGGCGAAGGGCGACGAGGCGCAGAUUGUAGACUUCCUGGACAAGGUUGAGGAGAAGAACAAGGGGGAACCCGAUCGAAGAAAGCGUCUCACUGUAGGCAGUGUAUCAUUUUCGGUCGGAGAAAACAUGGUGGUGAACCCUCCUGAGUUGGUCGCGUACUCGUCAGCAAAAGUAGCAACUACCACUGCCGACACGACCACACCGUUGACUGAGCAAGUGAACAUCCUCGCAUAUGGAAACGUGAUUGAUCUACCACCCAAAACUUAUAUUCUUGGGCAGGAGAUAAGUGGUUCACGUGUUUCGUUCGGGAAUGCUACCCGCCACUAUGGGAAGUGUGCAUGGAGAAAAUCCAGAAGGAGCCGCACCUUGUGGUUCUCGGAAAUCCAGGAAUCGGCAAGACGUAUUUUGGUUACGUUAUCUUGCGGUGAACGGAUUCUCUUUUCUCCCGACGUGGUUGGGCGAGGAUCAGGUACAGACUUCGAUGAGUUUCUGAGAAAGCGUGCUACGUACUACCUUGUGGACGGUCUCCGUCCGGCCAGCUACGACUAUCGCUUGCAGUAUGGUAUUCAUGACAGUUUGGUCCGAGGAGGAGAUUAUGAAGUGUCACCCGCUGAUGAUUUCUCGCGUUCCUAUCGACACGGUCCAGGAUUGUUGUCGUCGAUGGGGUGGAAUCGCCCGUUACGUUUUACGCUACGCACAGGACCCAAUUCAGCAGGCGCAAUUGGAAUGGGCUCUCGACGGUGUAUUACUCGAAAUCUGAUCGAUGCGUUCGGAAAAUUUGACGCGCCUAAGUCUGAAGUUUCUCAUCGGUUGCUGCACUAUCGAGUUGGCGUGGGCUACACCAGCGCAGACUUCGUUUUCGCUUCGGAGUAUGUUCAGGACACGGUAUACAAACGACUCUAUCGGCUGGAUAAGCGCAAGCUGCUAAGCUUUAUACAAGCAAGUGAAGGGGUGGAUGGUUACGCUGUUUUGCGUGGACAUUUGUUUGAAGGACACGUACAUUUGGUACUGGCACGGGGUGGAAGAUUCCAGAUUCGGCGCUUUGUCGCAAAGAAUGAAGUACACAAUGCUGCUAGAAAGACGAGGGGCGGGGUUGUUCCUCACGUGGCAUCGGAAACUGGCGAAUGGAUCGAGCUCUCUCGACGGCAAACUACAGUGUUUAAGAACAACGCUGAGCUUGCCGCUGCUGGCGACGUGUACCUGCGACCGUUAUCGAAGAAUUACCAAUCCGUGGAUGCGAUACUCAAGCCGGAUGUUUUGUUCCAAGUGACUGGUGCGCACAAACACCCGUGCAAGCAAGCGGGGCUGCAUAAUGUCCUGGAGCAACUUGGAGAUCCUGUAUCACCUCGCCUAUAUUUCGUGGUGCCACCCGACCGCUUCAAAGAUUUUGAAUAUCAAAAGUACCACGACUCCAGGAACAAGGUGAUGGAGAACCCAACUUACGCGAACGUGCAGAACAUUCAGCAAUUCGUGCUGCAAAUUGAACUGACACCGGAAGAGUCGUGA